GACCAUGUGUCAUUUGUACGGUAUAAUUUCCCGCCUAGUCUCUCCCAUUUCCCGCUCUCAAAACCCUAACCCACCCGCUAUCAGAAGAAAUGGGGCAGAAACAACAACCCACCGCCGAUCCAAUCUCCGAGCCUAAGAAACGCCGUCGUGUUGGCUUCUCCAAUAUCGAUGUUGGAAUCGAGGCCAAUCAGUGCAUCCUAAUUUACCUGGUUUCUAGCAAGGAAGAAGUGGGUGCUUCACACAGUUUUCGUAUUAGUCCAGUUGACUUGAAUGGCUUUUUUGAUGAGGAUGGGAAAAUCUACGGUUACAAUGGGUUGAAGAUAACCAUCUGGGUUAGCAGCGUAUCAUUCCAUGCAUUUGCUGAUAUUAAGUUUCAGAGCACAUCUGAUGGGGGGAAAGGUAUCACGGAUCUCAAAUCAUCUCUUCAGAGAAUUUUCGCCGAUACUCUUGUUGACAACAAAGAUGACUUCCUUCAGACAUUUUCAACAGAGAGUCAUUUUGUUAGAUCCAUUAUCUCAGAUGGAGAGAUAUUGCAACACAAAACCUCCAAUGGACAUGUUGAUUCUAAUAGUCAUUUAGGGACAGCUACUUCAGAUGUCGAGGUUGUUCGCAUGGUUAUAGGAAAUACAGCUGCUGGACACCUUUACAGUCGCCUGGUUCCUCUUGUUCUUCUUCUUAUCGAUGGUAGCAAUCCCAUUGAUGUUGAUGAUCCAGGAUGGGAAUUGUAUGUCCUAAUUCAGAAGAAAAGUGAUGAACAUGGGGAUACUCAACAUAAACUGUUGGGUUUUACUGCGGUGUAUCGUUUUUAUCAUUACCCCGACAGCACACGUUUGCGGCUCAGUCAGAUAUUGGUGUUGCCUCCAUACCAACACAAGGGUUAUGGUGGUCACCUUGUUGAAGUACUCAGCAAUGUUGCCAUAUUGGAAGAUGUUUAUGACUUGACAGUUGAAGAACCAUUAGAUUACUUCCAACACGUGCGCACCUCUAUUGACAUAAAACGUCUCCUUCUCUUUGCCCCAAUCCAAGAUGCAGUUAAUUCAACUGUUUCGUAUCUAAAACAAGGAAAACUGUCAAAGAAAACCCAUGUGCCUUGUUUUAACCCACCUGUAAGUGCAGUUGAAGAUGUUAGGAAAACCUUGAAAAUCAACAGGAAACAGUUUCUUCAGUGUUGGGAAGUUCUAAUUUAUCUAGGUCUUGAUCCUGUUGACAAGUACAUGGAGGAUUUUGUGGCGAUCAUCUCAAGUCGUGUGAAGGCUGAUGUCUUAGGGAAAGAUUCUGGGAGCAGUGGGAAACAAGUGGUUGAAGUUCCAAGUGAUUAUAAUCCGGAGAUGUCAUUUGUAAUGUUCAGGUCACAGGACAGUGAAGCUGCUCGUGUUUGGAUGGAUGAAAACCAGACAAAUCAAGAAGAGCAACUCCAGCAAUUGGUAGAUGAAAGGGUCAAAGAGAUAAAAUUGAUUGCGCAGAAGGUGCAUCAUGUCUAAACUGUUGAAGCAUUCUAUUGUAUCCCCCCCCCCCCCCCCACCUGUGACGCUGAUGCAUCUGCCAGAAAUUAGAGCUUAGGGUACUAGAGGCUCCCAAGCUGUAUGUUGAAGCUGGACUGUAAACGAUUAGCUGUAGUUUUUGGGCUUAUAAUCUUUUUAAUGUACUAUAUUGGGAGACAAGUUUUCCAUCCAUAUAGUUAUGCUGCCUUUAUUGCUUU